AGGUACCCGCACAAGACCAACAAUCUACAGAAACGACAGAAACCCGAAAGAAACCAAAACUAGUAAAACAAAAGAAGUCUAUCAACGAAGACGACGCCGAAGAAGAUCUAGAUAAACCAACGGACAUGAAGAGUAUGGUCGAAGAAAUGCCUAAUUUUAAAAUUCACACUCCACGGAUACAGUCAAAAAAGCCUGGCGUUUUUAAACAAUCUUCUCUCAACGAAGAAUUAAUGUCGACCGAACGUUUAAGAGAAAAGGAACGAUUAAGAAAGAAUAUUCAAAAACAGGCAUCGUUAAACGAAGAAUAUUUGUAUCGCAGGCCGGGAACGUUGGACUCAAUUCGUGAUUCGAUAUUCUCUACUUCGGCGACCACGGCGAAAAAGUUCCAGUCGCUUAAGAAUGGCCUCACUAAUAAAUUUAAGACAUCGACAACAAACAUAGAUAAAGUUACGGUCUUCGUAAGAAUGCUUCAAGGCUGGAAAACCCAUGUACCGGUUCCCGAAGUACCUACGCCGAGCGACA